AUUUUAAUCUUGCACCGCCGGUGGCCGUGUGUUUAGGUCGAAAUUCCACCGUGGACGGCACUUGAUUCGGGAGACGCCCAAGUCCAAGUACAAUGUACAAUGACGAAACGUCCGGAAACGAGGGAAUAGUAGCAUAAACGCCCAUGGCCGCAGUUUAGAUCUAUUUACCGCAAAGAACUGACAACGGCAUUCGGCUUUUGGACCCCCGACGGUACAUCUCGUCCAAUUAGAGCUGAUGCAACUUUCCAUCUCAUCGUCUCUCUUCUGCUGGAAUUCACCGACCAGUGGAUUUAAUUGGGAGUCAUAAAAAAAAUGGAAACCACCAACAAAUCACACCAGCCUUUGUCUUCACAAAAUUCCAUCUAUACCAUUGAUGGUAGUCAAUUGCAGCUAGCCCCACCGUCGGAGGACAUGAAAGGGCCAAAAACGAAAUUGUUCGGGAAAACAUCGAAGAAACACUUAGAAGCGUUUUUAAUAUUUACAAUAUUGAUCAUUUCUAUUUUGCUAAUCGCGUUGUGCGUUACCAUUUAUCUAGUCGUUGAAACGAAACUGGGCGUUACACCUUACAUAUGUCUUACUCAUCAGUGCAUCAGAACUGCCUCUGUGAUACUGUCGUCAAUGAAUAAAUCGCAGGACCCGUGUGAUAAUUUUUACAAUUUUGUGUGCGGCAACUUCCGAACGGAGCGAGCAGCACCUGAUCCCAAUUGGGGUAACAGUUGGUUUAUGAUAAAUGAGGUUCUCAUAAAAAGGGAUAUUACGGAUUUUCUUCUUCAAAAAAGCCAAGACGAUGAUCCUGAAUUCGUACAAAAAGGAAGAACGUUAUACAACUCGUGUGUAGAUUUCAGUGCAAUGGAGGAAAAUGGGUUAGAGACCUACUGGGAUAUUCUUAACACGACCGGUCUGCCGAAGGACCCGUUUAGUAACCCAAUGUCAGCUGAACAAUGGCUCUGUUCUCUCGCUAAAAUACGCCGAUACACCGGCUUGAACAUAAUCCUGGGCGUGAGUGUAAAAGAAUCGAUUUCAAACAGUUCGACAAAUCAAAUCAUGUUCUCCACACCGGAUCAAGCUGAACAAAUAUUUACCGGAUUCCAUUGGGGCAACGAGAACAAGAAAAUAAUGAAGGAGUCUUUGACGGACGACGUGAAAAAUACAUGGGUUAAAUCAGUUGGUAAAAUUAUCCUCCUCGUUAUCAAAUCUGGGGGUGGAGAGAUAAAAAAAGACGAAUUGGAAGCGUCCAUUUCUUCACUUGUCGAUCUGAAUAGAGCACUCUGGAAUUUGGAGAAUAGUCCAAAUAUAUCGAAAUCCAUUCUCAACGAGAUUCCUGAAGAGAUAAGUGUUGAGGAACUACAAAUUUAUCUGGACAAAAAUACGGUAUCAGGAAAAUCGAAGUUGAACUUAGCCAAGUAUAUAAGUAUUCUGUACGAAGAUGUUUGGGAAGUGAAAAUUGAUUUGAAUCAGACCAAAUUGCAGGUCUUUCAGAAAUACUAUUUUCAACUGAUAUCCGAAUUCCUUGAAAAGGUCGAAGACAAAAAUAUUGGUAUAUACAUUUGGUGGAACGUCCUGGAAAAUUUGGCGCCCCACGUUAACAGAGAGCUUUCGGAUUUAAUAAACACAUUUUGGACCAAGCUGUUGGAUAUGGAGUACGGAGAAACUAGGAAUUAUUUUUGUUUGAGCGUUGUAAAUCAAUUAAUGGCGCCUGCUGCAGGGUUUUUCCUCGUCGAGAAAAUGGAAAACAAAACGAUUAACGAGAUCAUGUACCUAAUAGACGCUGUAAAGAACGUGUUUGCUGAAGAAAUCCGGACACUUCCGUGGAUGGAUGAUUCUACAAAGAGAUCCUCAAUUGAAAAACUGAAAAAAAUGUCUUCUUUCGUAGGCAUACCGGAUGUUAUGAGAGACGUAGACGAAAUAAAUCAAUUGUACAAUGUAACGUUAGAAGAAGACUCGUACUUAACGAACUUCUUGAACUUAAUCGACCUUCACAGCUAUGACAUGUUUUCCUCUUUGGCUGAAGAGAACAACUUUUCAACAGCAUUUUUUGAUCCAUUGUCAGUUAACGCUUAUUAUAACCCGAGUGCCAAUUCAAUUAGUAAGUAUGAUAAUAAUUUAAUGGUAUUUUCUAUUUUAGCUGUGCCGGCUGGAAUACUUCACUUUCCAUUUUACGAUUUGGGAACAGAAUCUCUUAUUUACGGGGCCAUCGGUACAGUGAUAGGUCAUGAAAUCACGCACGGAUUCGACAGUAUAGGUCGAAUGUACGAUAAAUCGGGAAAUGUGUACCCUUGGUGGUCGAAUAGGUCGGUUGAACAAUAUACUAAUCGGACAUAUUGCUUUGAAGAAGAAUACAACAAUUACGUCAUUCCACGUCUAAAUGCCACAGUGGAUGGGGUGUUGACGUUAGCUGAGAACCUGGCAGAUGACGGUGGUCUGCGGUUUGCGUACGGGGCGUAUAAACGAUACGCCGAAAUGGGAGAACAACAACGACUUCCAGGGCUCCAGGCCUUCUCCGACGAACAGCUUUUCUUCAUGUCAUUCGCAAAUCACUGGUGUUCUGACGAAACAGAUGAGAGCUUAAGCCAAAUCUUGAAACAAGACGAGCACAGCCCAGCUCUUGUGAGGGUAAACGUUGCCUUGCAGAAUUUCGGCCGUUUCGCCGAAGUGUGGAAAUGCCCGGCCGGCUCGAAAAUGAAUCCGUCCAAAAAAUGCAAUUUGUGGAAUUAAAUUGGAAAUUUUACAACUGUG